UUUUUUUUGCCAAUCAAGACCAAACCAAGACCCUCUCUUUUUUUCCUCUCUCUCUGUCUCUGUGUCUGUGUGAGAGAACAGUCCGAAUCCUGUAAUAAUGUUCACAGUGUCAUAGUUUUCGGCUACUUAGCUCCAACCCCAACUCGAUCAGUUCUCUUGUUGUUUCAGAUUUUUCCUGUCUUUUGGAAGCAACACACACUCCACACUUUUCCCUUGAAUUUUUUCUUUUCCUUGAAUUUUUUUUUUUCCAUUUUCAACAAAACUCCCAAAAGAAUUUUUAUCUGCUUGUGUUUGGUGAUAUACAUUCGGUUCCCACCCUACUCUUUUGUACGCUUCCCGCCCACAAAGUCUUCCCUUCAAUCUUUUUGGUUGUUUCCGGCCGGUCUACCGAAUUUUAACCCGCGCAAUGAUGAAUCUCAUGUCCGGCGACGCCUUCUCGAUACCCACUUCGCUCCCCAGCUUCCCCCAAGUCGACCUCGCCAACCCUAACCCUAGCCCUAACCCUUCCGCCACCGCCGGAAAUGCCCCCGCUGCCAAGAAGAGGAGAAACCAACCCGGAACUCCAGAUCCAGAUGCCGAGGUCAUCGCUCUGUCGCCGAAGACGCUUAUGGCGACGAACCGGUUCAUCUGCGAGAUAUGCAACAAAGGGUUCCAGAGAGACCAGAACUUGCAGCUGCACCGUCGAGGCCACAACCUCCCUUGGAAGCUCAAGCAGCGGUCUGAUAAGGAUGUCAUCAGGAAGAAGGUUUACAUCUGCCCGGAGAAGACAUGCGUCCACCACGAUCCUUCAAGAGCCCUCGGGGACCUCACCGGGAUAAAGAAGCAUUUCAGCAGGAAGCACGGCGAGAAGAAGUGGAAGUGUGAGAAGUGCUCCAAGAAAUACGCGGUCCAGUCCGACUGGAAAGCUCACUCGAAGAUCUGCGGGACGAGGGAGUAUAAGUGCGACUGCGGCACCCUCUUCUCAAGGAAAGACAGUUUCAUCACGCACAGAGCUUUCUGUGAUGCCUUAGCCGAUGAGAGUAGCAAGCUCACCUCGAUUGCAGCCACAAAUCUCAGUUUUGGGAACACGGCUGCCGGAAAUGAGAACCGGAUCAACAAUUUUGCUGGAUUACCACAUGGAUUUCCCAGUCGAAGAGUUCAAGACAUUGCCGGAAUUCCACAACAGUCCGGCUCGCUCUUACAUCCCGAUAUCGGCGGAUUUUCUGAGAUGGCUAUGAUGGGAUCGGGUGCUAACAAUCUUUUCGGGACAUCCACAAUGGAAAACUAUGGCAUGAUCCCCAACAGUGCUGGUCUGUCAUUAUCUGUGUUGCCGCAGAUCGGAUCGAAGGAAGAAAGUGGUGGAAAUAGCUUGGGAAGUAAUUCGGGGGGGUUAAUGGGCGGCCGAACCCCAUAUAACUCCGAGAGCAAUAUCGGUGACCACCAACUCAGUAAGCUGCAGCAGAAGCCGCCACCGGCUCCAAUGUCAGCCACUGCCCUCCUGCAGAAAGCUGCUCAGAUGGGGUCCACAAGGAGCAACCCGGGCUCUGUGUUUGGGAGCAGCUUUGGGCUCAUGAGCUCAUCGUCCUCUUCUUCGUCUUCCUCACAAAGUAGAAGCACUAGGAGCCCGGAGCAGCUUAUGAUGAGCGGUGGAUUAGUAAAGCACGGUCACGCAGACCAUCACCAGCAGCAGCGGUUUGGAGGGUUGUCAUCGAUGGAUCUGAACCUGACGAGGGAUUUUCUCGGGAUGGGAGGAGACCAUGGCGGUGCCGGUGGCCCUCACGAUCCUAGUAAUAAUCUUUUCUUUCACGAGGAGUUGGCAAAGUUUGCUUCUUCAAUCGGAUCGGGAUUGGCCCAGACAUUUGUGACUAAUCCUCAAUGACCAUGUUGAUGAUCGGGACGAACAUAGGAGUUGGAAUGAUACAUGAGUGCAAUCCAAGGUUGUGCACUGGACAAGGAAAUAACCGUUUGAAUGGGAGAUCCUCGUAAAAUACCAUAUACAUGAUCGUGGUUCUUCAGCGGCCUCCUUCUAAGUAUGAAUAUCCUUGAACUUGAAGCUGACCGGGAAACCGAAUCAAACUGCCUGUCCAACGAAGCUGGAGGUUCUCGUAUAUAUAGCCAUUCACAGAUCAAGAAGGGCCUCUACAGUAAACUCUCUUUGUAAGCGGCUUGUAAUAUUGUUUCAUGCUGUAAGUUUUUCAUUUCCGGAAAAACAAUUGUUGCCGAUCGAUGUACUACCUUAAUUUGUAAGUGUUUUGGAUUCAAUAAAGGAAACCACGGAACCUCUAUACCUAAUAA